CUUUAUCAUCUAUCCAUACAACUUGUUGUUGAUGGGGGUUAUGUGUUCCACAUUUGUGUUAUAUCUUUUGCGUUUUUAUUUUAAUAUAUAACAAUGGAAAUAGUUAAUGAAAUAUUGGAAAGAGAACAGAAAAAAGCAGAAAAAUAUAAGUCUAUAACUGUUGAUAAGCACUUGGAGUUAGAUUACGACAUAGGCACACUUCUAGCUUCAGAUUCCAAUGAUUUGGAUACAAAAUUAUUAAAGUCAAAGAAGGAUGAAUACUUACUUUCACUUAGUCGUGACAAUACUCAGCUUUUGUUAAACAAAGUAUGGGAACUACCAACAGAAAGGAUUGAGGAGGCUAUUGUUGUCCGUCUCCCUGUCCCCACCACAGUACUGCCAAGAGCCAAGCCAGUGCCGAAGCCUAAACCAUUGACAAAAUGGCAGGAAUUCGCAAAAGCAAAAGGAAUUACUAAGAAGAAGAAGGAUAAACUGGAAUGGGAUGAACAGUUGCAGAAAUGGGUGCCUCUCUAUGGAUUUAGGAAAGCAGCCGCAGAAAAAGAAAAGAAUUGGGUUAUUGAAGUUCCUCAAAAUGUGGAUCCGAUGACAGACAUGUAUGAGAAGAAAGCUACAGAGAAGUCUGAGAAAGUGGCAAAGAACGAGUUGCAGAGGUUAAAGAAUAUUGCCAGGGCCAGGAAAGUGAAGAUACCCAGGGUUGGAUUGCCUGUCACUUCUGACAAAGCCUCAUCUACACAGUUAAACACUGCAGCCCUGGUAGCAAAAGCGUCAACAGCUUCCCUCGGCAAGUUCCAAGAUAAAUUACCCAAAGAGAAAGAAGCACGCGGCAUAGGCAUACACGAACUAAUCCCAGGAAAGGAACGCAAACGCAAGGCCCCCAUACCCACACCACAGGCAGAGAAACAGCACAACCUUAACCUCUUGGACAGCAUUCUCAAUAAGAGACCCAAAAUUGACAUGGAGAAGGCCAUCACUAAGCAUAUAAAUAAUGAGCAAGUAAUUAGGUCAGAAGAAAAGAAGACAAUGAAACCACUAAAAGGCGGCAAACGAAAGGGCAAGGGGAACGCCACCAACUUUUCCGCGAAGAAACCUAAAGGCGGCAAGGGACAGAGGAAUCCGAGCAAAAAGAACCCAGGACGUAAGAGGAGAUAGGAGAAAUAUUUUGUGCUAUCGUGUAAGCAUAUUACAAUAUAUUUUAAGAAAUUAAA